AGCAAAUCAGUUUUCAAAAAGUUCUUCGCGAAGGUGGAGCUUUUUUCAAAUUCGUCGAACAUGUCUACUUGCCUGUCUAAUGGGAAUUCAUGUGCCAAAUCUAAAUUAUCGAAUGGCAAUAACGAAGAAUCAUAUUUGCAAUGCGAAAAUCUACAAAAAUGCGCCAUCGAUUUAUACGAAUCGAUGAAAGAACAAAAACUAAGUUACUACAAAGGUGAUUUCUCGGAACCUCUAAAAACCGUUACAAUAGGACAAUUACUUGAACAAGCUGCCAGUGACCAUGCCAACGAGACAGCUAUACUGAUGCAUAAAGGACAACAAUUAAACUUUGCACAAGUCUUGGAAAAAGUUGACACUUUGGCUGCAGCUUUGAUGAAUUUGGGAUUGAAACGAGGCGACCAUGUAGCUAUUUGGGGAUUUAAUACUGUCGAGUGGUAUCUAUCAUUUUUAGCUGCAUUCAGAGCUGGCUUUAUUGUGGUGAAUUUGAAUCCGUUAUACGAAGGUCCGGAAGUUUUGGCUUGUUUGAAUAUCGGCGACGUGAAAGCUAUAAUCAUGGAUGAAAAGCUUAGCGACCGUAAUUUCUACGAUACUUUAAAAAGCGCCAUACCCGAGAUUCAAGAACACGACUAUAACACCCAUAUCACCACCAAACACGCGCCAUUACUCAAGACUGUAGUUAUGUUCAGCGAAACGCCGUACAAAGGCGUAUUCAGAUGGAAUGAUUUAUUCGCCACGGUGACCAAGGAACAAGUACAAAAAAUCAAAAACAGUCAAUCAGAAAUCAGCCCUUUUGACAUUUGCAAUAUUCAGUUUACUUCGGGAACCACGAGUACGCCAAAGGGGGUGUUAUUAACGCAUCAUAACUUGGUUAAUAAUUGCCGAUCUGUAGGAACCCGCUUAGAACUAUUCGAAAAGAAAGGACGUGUUUUAUGCCAAGUACCAUUUUUCCACACAUACGGCGCAGUUGCUGGAAUUUUUGCUACAAUUGUAACCGGAUCUACGCUCGUCAUAGCCAGUGUUAAAUUUAGCCCGAAUAAAUCCAUUGACUCGAUUAUUGAAGACAAAUGCACCGUGGUCUAUGGUACUCCGACAAUGCACAUUGAUCUGAUAAGGAUAACGAAAAACAGAGCUCAAAAUGAUCCUCAAAUAUACGAUAAAAUGUCUUCGGUUCAACGAUUCUUCAACGGAGGAGCAUUAAUUUUGCCAGAUACGAUCAAGCAACUGAAAACGUUAUUCAAAAACGCGAAAUUCUCGUGCGGUUAUGGUAUGACAGAAACCAGCCCAACAACAUUUAUAUCAUUACCAGACGAUCCGGAUGAAGUUCUUCACACGACUGUUGGCCAUAUCUUAGAUCACGUAGAAGUCAAAGUUGUGGACGAUAACAAUCAAUUGGUUCCAUUUGGCAACCCGGGAGAAAUGUGCUUCAGAGGGUACAUGGUAAUGAAAGGAUACUACAAAGAACCGGAAAAAACUAAAGCAGUAUUAUCAGACGACGGAUGGUUUCGUAGCGGAGACCGGUUCGCUUUGAUGGAAAAUGGAUACGCACAAAUAGUCGGUCGUAUUAAAGAAAUAAUCAUUAGAGGAGGAGAAAAUAUCGAACCCAAAGACAUAGAAGGUGUAAUUAUCCAACAUCCAGAUAUUAUUGAUGUGCAAGUAUACGGUGUAAAUGAUGCUCGACUGGGCGAAAAAGUAGCAGCAGCUAUAAUUAAAACAGAAAAUUCGACGUUGAGCGAAGCGGAUGUUAAAAAAUACUGUGAAGGGAAGAUUGCAUUGUAUAAAAUUCCAGAAUACGUAAAUUUUUGUGAAAAUUACCCUAAAACUGCUUCCGGAAAAAUACAAAAGUUCAAAUUGAAAGAAAUUACAGAAAAGAAACUGCAAGCCAAAUUAAAUCAAUGAAAUUACCUACCUAAAUAUUAAGUACAUAUGAUAAAAAUAAAAGCAAUGAAUUAAGGUGAAGAAUCGAAUUGUACAAAAAUAAACCAAAUUAUACUUUUGAGUUUCUUUUA